ACGUCACAAUCUGCUUGACUGCGGGAAAUUUUGUAAACAGAAAUCCGAUCACAGGUAUGUCGUCAUCAAGCAGCAGCAGCAGUAGCUCGGGUUCGGACAGCACGGAGGAAGUGGUGGUCCACCGUUAUCUAAAACAGGACCUUAAGUCUGGGGUAGCCCAGGGGAGAGCACUCCUCCGCCGUCAUGGAGGAAUAAAGGCACAACCCUGUCACUACCAGUUGCGGGAUUGUCGCCAUGCUGUUCUGGACCACAAGGGUCACGGUUACCAGGGUAAACACUGGGAGACCUCUGUCCUUAGUAACAAUCUGGAAAAGUCCACCCGCCGACUCACCAUCAACGCUGUAAACAGAGAGAUGGAUGAAGAGCAGAAAAAACGAGCGUUUUACGAGGCGGAGACGGCUAGACUGGCCAAGGAGAUCAUCGAACCCCUGCUGGCCGAGUACAACGACACCAUCACCAUCAGCAUGAGAGAAAUGGCCGCGGAUGAGCGCGUCCAGGCUCACCAUCAGGAGAUGGUUAAAGACACGGUGCAGGGUGAACUCGUCCACAAGGAGAACGCCAAGCGGGUCCAACAAAUGUCCGAGGAGGAACGCGAGUACCAGAUCAAACUUCUCAUGGCCAUGAAAGAUGACGCUAUGAAAACGGCCAGUAUCGAUUCCUUGGUGGACAAAAUGGCUGAAACCAAUUACAAACGGUCACUUAUCAACACCGAUCUUGAGGAGGCCUCAGAGAGGUUACAGGAGGAUGAAAAGGAGACAAAUAUGGAGUACAAUAAGGCAGUAGGGGAGCUCCUGGACCAGUCCCUAGUCACAGUGGUACAUGAAAACCACAGGGAUAUGCUCAGAGAACAGGCAGAGCAAGCCAGACAGGAAAAAAUAAAAAUGCAGAAGAAUUUGGAGAAUGAUAAAACUGCCAAACAUAUCCAGCACAAGUACUCACGUGCCCUGAAAAAACUUACCGCCAUGUAUCACGAGCUCGAGAGUAAAGACCAAAAAGAAGAGGAGGCACUGAAGCAGUACUUGGAGGAUGUAAAAUUUUCCGCCCAGGAGGACAUAGUCAGAAUGGUUUCCAGGAAGUGGACCAGCAGGAUGUAUUCUGAAGAGAAAUCUAGGCGGAUUCACGAGGAAGAGGAGACAAUUGAUCAGGAGAAUCCGGCUAGAAAUGCUAUGCUGAAUCUGAUGAACCGAGUACAGAGACAAAUGAUGCUUCAGAAGUUCAAAGGAAAAUGGAUCAACGUCACUAACAAGAAAAAGUCAGAGAGGGUAGAAAAAGAAGAAAAUCUAUCUGAACACGAUCGCAAACUCCGGAUGCUUCGAACUAAAAAUCGUAAAGAGACUAAAGUCGUGAGCUGGCAGGAUGAAUGUUAAUAAUGCAGCUGUGAAUUUAAAUGUAGACUGAAUAGUUUCUGUGUCAGAAA